AUGAAAGUCUUUGUUACAGGAGCGUCUGGUUUUGUAGGAACAGUGGUGGUUCCUGAUUUAUUGAAAAGUGGUCACGAGGUUCUUGGCUUGGCAAGGUCAGAUGAAUCGGCAGCUAAAAUUGCUUCCUUAGGAAUGGGCGUGAAAGUCGUCCGUGGCGAACUCCAGGAUCUGGACAUUUUGAAGCAGGCGGCGGCCGAAUGCGACGGAGUCAUUCACCUGGGUUUUGUACACGAUUUUAGUAACUUCGAAUCUUGUUGCCGAAUUGAUCGGGAUGCUACAGAGGCAAUGCUGAAGUCGCUUGAAGGUAGCGGAAAAUCCUUCAUAUACACGAACGGGGUGUUAGGCCUCCCUGCCGGGCGAUUGAGCAAUGAGAAGGAUCAAGCAGACCCAAAUUUUGCCAGCAUGCGAAGCGGAACCGAGAGUAUUGCGUUAAAUUACAAGGAAAAAGGUGUCAAAGUCUCCAGUAUCCGCUUAUCACCAACAGUCCAUGGGAAGGGAGAUAAGGGGUUUUUACCGGCACUGAUCGGCAUCGCUAAGUCUCAGGGGAAGUCAGGUUACAUUGCCGGUGGUGAAAAUGUAUGGUCUGCAGUUAACCGGCUAGAUGUAGGUCAUCUUUACACUCUUGUUUUGGAAAAGGGCACUGCUGGAAGUGCUUAUCAUGCAGUUGCCGAACAGGGAAUCAAGACGAAGGACAUUGCUAAAGCAGUUGGUGAGAUAGCCGCUGUUCCUAUUGUUUCGGUGCCAACAGAAAAGGCAGGAGAGCAUUUUGGAUUUUUGGGUUUCUUAUUUGGUAGAGAUUCACCGAUUUCCAGUGAGCUCACCCGUAAAGAGUUGGGUUGGGAGCCAACUAACCUUGGAUUGAUAGCUGAUUUACAUGAAAACUAUUCUUAA